GCUCCAAGCAUGAUUCAGCUGUUGUUCGCUCUCGGUCUCGCAGUUGCUCUUAACCUGUAGACGAGGUGGAGUUGCUGUUUACCUCUGCCACUGGUAAGGCCGCGCAAUAGAAACGUACAGUAAACUUCACGAGGAAAGCUUUCCGUGCGCAACAUUACACUGUAGCUCCCAAGGUUCCCGAGAGUUGCACGUCGCGUGUGUAUUACAGGAAGAUGUUCAACUCACAAUGUCCGAGAAAGACAUGUGAUUCGCCGUCGAACGCGCCUUUGCUCACGCCAAGAUGUCCGACCAAAAGUCACCUCAAAUAUUCAACAAUCCCACAUGCGCUCCACGAUGCCAGUGUGAGAUUUACACAAUAAUCACGACGUACACGACUACUUAAUAAACAUGCAACACGCGACCAAUGGCACGGCGAACGGCGCCACAAACGGCAUGACCAAACGUGGGGCGAACGGCCAUACACAAGUACCUAUCGGUGUGAAGACCGGCGCAAAUAGGGAUCAGAAGACGGACUAUACAAGGUGGAGGCUAAGAGAUGACCGGGGAUGUCAGACAUGGCAUUAUUUGCAGGGUGAAGAGGAGGUAGAGGAGUGGCCACAGAGUGCAGCGGACAGGUACUUCUUGGGUAUGGAGACGGGCCUCCCAGAACUCCGGACCGCAAAGACACCGCUCGAAGCCGCCGAAAAUGCACUCUCUUUCUUCUCGAAACUCCAAUUACCGCCUGGAAACUGGGCCUGCGAGUAUGGCGGACCUAUGUUCCUCCUCCCCGGGCUGGUCAUCACCUGGUAUGUCACCGAGACACCAAUCCCAACCGAACGGGCAAUCGAAAUCAAGAAUUACCUCUUCGCGCGCGCGCAUCCCGAAGAUGGCGGCUGGGGGCUACACAUCGAGGGCGAGAGCAGCGUGUUCGGCAUAGCUAUGAACUAUACAGUUUUGCGAUUGCUCGGCGUAGAUCCAGAGGACCCUAGAAUGCAGAAGGCGCGCAGCACGCUAUGGAAGUUGGGCGGAGCACUCAAUGGACCUCACUGGUCGAAGUUCUGGCUGAGCGUGCUUGGUGUCAUGGAGUGGGAUAUUGUCAACCCUGUGCCACCGGAGCUGUGGUUGCUACCGGACUGGAUGCCCAUCGCACCGUGGCGCUGGUGGAUCCAUAUGCGCCAUGUCUUCUUGCCUAUGUCAUAUGUUUACUCCAAGCGAUGGUCGUAUCCCUUGAACGACUUGACGCGACAACUGCGUUCAGAGUUACUUACGCAGCCAUUCGAAACUAUCACAUUUAGUGCGCACCGUAACAGCAUUUCUCCUAUGGACGACUAUCAUCCCAAGGCUUGGAUCCUGAAGCUGCUCUUCUGGUUCCUUGCGGUCAUCUGGGGUCCUUACCUAAGGCCUGCAUGGCUCGUGGAGCGCGCGGAAAAGCACGUUUGGUGGUUGAUCCAAGCGGAGGACAAGAACACGGACUUCUCGAACCUUGGACCAGUCAACGGACCUAUGAACACGCUAUGUGCAUAUAUCAAGCAUGGUCCUGAAGGUUACGCUUUUCAGGAGCAUCUGAAGACACUGCCCGAGUUUCUUUGGAUGAAAGACGAAGGCAUGCUUAUGAACGGCACAAAUGGCGUACAGACUUGGGAUACAGCCUUUACUGUCCUCGCGGCCGACUCAUGCGGCUUCCUUUCGCAGAAACAGUACCGCCCGAUGUUCACCAAGGCUCUGGAGUUCCUUGAGGACCAACAAAUAUUGGCGGAAGUUGACGACCAGCAAGCAUGCUACCGCCAGCAACGAAAGGGCGCCUGGGGCUUCAGCACGCGCAAACAAGGUUACGCAGUCAGCGACUGCACAUCAGAAGGUCUCAAAGCAACCCUCAUUCUCCAAAACCAACACGACUACCCCACCCUCGUCGAAGAGCGCAGACUCAAAGACGCAAUCGAUGUCCUCCUCACAAUGCAGAACUCCUCCGGUGGCUGCGCAUCCUACGAACCGACCCGCGGCUCCGAACUGCUUGAGCACCUCAAUGCUGCCGAAGUCUUCGGCAGAAUCAUGAUCGAGUACGACUACGUCGAGUGUACGACCGCUGUUGUCACGGCCCUGCAGAUGUUCCAGAAACACUACCCUUCCUACCGCAGCGCAGAAAUAGUCGCUUUCCGCGACCGUGCUGUCGACUACAUCCGCUCUGCGCAGCGGCCCGAUGGGUCUUGGUACGGCGCUUGGGGUAUCUGCUUCACGUACGCUGCCAUGUUUGCCAUGGAAUCUCUCAAGAGUGUUGGUGAGACGUAUGAGAACUCCGAGCGUGUGCGCAGGGCAUGUCAAUUCUUCCUUGAUCGCCAGAUGGAAGAUGGUGGCUGGGGCGAGACGUAUAAGUCUUGUGAGACUGGCGAGUAUUGCCAGCAUGAGAAGAGCCAGGUUGUGCAGACUGCAUGGGUGGUUAUUGCGAUGCUGGAGGGAGGCUUCCCGGAUAAGGAGCCGUUGAGGAAGGCACUUAAGAUGAUCAUGAGCAGACAGCAGGCGAAUGGAGAGUGGAAGCAGGAGGCUAUUGAGGGAGUGUUUAACAAGAGCUGUAUGAUCUCCUACCCAAACUACAAGUUCAUCUUCCCAAUCAAGGCGCUGGGUAUGUAUGCUAAGCGCUUCGGCAACGGGCCCUUGUAGAUGGUCGGUACCGCAAAAGGAUAAUAACCACGAUGAUAAUAUUAAUGAAGAGCUAUAACUCUAUC